AUAUAUCCAUCAUAAACGAAUGGGUGAGCUAAUUAGUGUAGAUAACAAUGAAGGAGAUCAGAAAUGGAUACAGCAUUAUUGCAGCUCUCAUAAAAUACUGCUGGUGGGUGAGGGAGAUUUCUCUUUUGCUGCAUGCUUAGCCAAACGAUUCGAUACUGCUGUGAACAUGAUUGCUACCUCCUUUGAUUCCAAAGAGUUUUUGAUGCAAAACUAUUCAAAUGCCAGAACCAAUUUGGAAGAACUGAAAGAGAGGGGAUGCACUACUUUGCACAAUGUGAAUGCACAUACUAUGAUCCUACACCCUCUCCUUAAUUUGAAAGUGUUCGACAGGAUAAUCUUCAAUUUUCCUCAUGCUGGUUUCAUGUUUUCUGAACAUGAUGAUCGCCAAAUUGAGCUUCACCAAGAGUUGGUCAGGGGAUUCUUGUGGAAUGCAUUUGACAUGCUGACAGGGAAUGGAGAAAUUCAUAUUACCCACAAGACGGCUUAUCCUUUCAGCAAGUGGAAGAUAAAGAAGUUAGCAAAGGAGAUUGGUCUGCGCUUGCUUGUGGAAGUGGAAUUUUUUAAGUGGAAUUAUCCAGGUUAUGUUAAUAAGAGGGGAUCGGGGAGUAGAAUCGAUGACACUUUCCCUGUAGGAGAAUGCAGUACUUUCAAGUUUGCCAAACCAUUCUACAAAUUCAGCCAAUUCACAACCCUUUACAACAUUCUUUCCAAAACUAAGUCCCAAGUUAGUUGUGCCUCCUAGGUACCUUAACACCCAUUUGAUAGCUUGCCAAUGAGGUUUCCCAGGGUUACCCAUAAACCUACUAACCAUACUAACUGCAUAGGUCAGAUCAGGCCUGGAACAAACCAUUGCAUACAUUAUACUUCCAACCAUGCUAGCAUAUGGAAUUUGUUUCAUAAAACUGAUAUCCAAGUCUGUUUUAGGAGCCUGGUCUGAGGACAAUUUGAAAUGUUGUCCUA